CAAAAAAUAGUCAACCAACGUCGUUAUACUUUGAUGUUUUUUUUGUUGAAAAAUGAGAAUUUACCAUUUUGAGCAGCAGCAACCUGCCUUCCAAAUCGUAUCCGGAUACCCGGAUAAUUUGAUUCCACAGCAACAAACUCUAUGGCCAUCUCGAUCAAAGUGGUUGUGCUGGGCAAUGUGCCACGCGCCGCCCCGCCUCAAGCAGCUUCCGGGAAGAAGAAGAAGAAGAGACCGUUGGAUCAAUCCCAAUCCAGCCAUAUCAAUAUGGAGUUUCACAUGCACAUCGAAUUGGCAUGGACGGUGAUGAGGUUGAAGGAAGCGAUCUGCACACAUCUGCACCGCGACCUGCAUGGCACAGCCGACAGUCUUCGGCCGGAGCAUCAAUGCAUUGCAGUUAAUGGCGCAUUGGUAUGCGACGCAGACUCCCUUGGCACAAUUCUCUUGGAUACACGGACAGUUGUCUGCGCGAUCGACUGCACCGAGUCAACUCGUAGUGACGCGUCCUCCUCGCGACCUGGUGAGCGGCAUGGUGCAUCUCUGGACCAGUUACGAUCGAUGGGCUUUUCGACAAAACGAUCACUGGAGGCCCUUGACGUAUCCAAGAACAGCUUGGAAGGCGCUGUGGCAUUUCUCACCGAAGGAAUUCGAAUCGAUCCAUCGUCGUCGCAUGAAGUGACCGACGUCCAUUUGGCUGAGGUUGCCAUGACGAAGCCCUACUACUUGCACACAGCAAUUCAAUCUUGCAACCCUGACCACUUGGUGGACAUUUCCUUGGAUCGCAUGACAACUGCCAUGCAACGAAGACACGAACAAGACCAGCAGCAGCACAGCGAUGAGCAUGACAUUGUGGACGUUGGCAACGACUCAGAGGGCGAAGAAACCAAGGACAACGAUAUGGUCGUCGGGACUGAUGGCAUGUACAAUGAGUCCUUCAGCUUAGUUGACAUCAACGCCCAAGAGAUUGCGCUGGAGCAGUUGCAAGCCCUGGGAGUUUCUCGGGAAGAUGCGUACAAUGCGUAUGUGGCUUGCGAACGGAACGAGAACGCAGCGGCCAACUUGCUCUUUGAGGCCAUGCCAUAACAUUUGUCAUGGAAGUUACUCUUGACUGAUCAAAUGAUUAUGACAAGCAUACGACGACGACAUCAAACAUUCUAGAAAUAGUAAUACUAUUAGUAGGCCGAUGGACGCUUAUUAAUAUCCCACCAUCUUGAUGUUACUA